CUGGCCAGAAUAGAUGUGCGUCACUAGUGUACGGGAGUUUCGAAGCGUUAUAGGAAAAAGGCCGCCGUGGCCGCUCUCAGGUUCCUCUCUGCCGAGAGUCACAGUCGUGAGUCUGCGCAACUUCGCCAGCAAUUUGAUUCGCCGUGAUUGCAGCGGUGUACACGUGACAAGGCACGCUCUCCAGGACACGCGUGCCGAGGAGUGCGCCAAGUGUAACUUUUUGUUCGUAGCACGCCGGUCGACCGCAGGAAGAAUGUCGUGGUUAUUCGGCUAUCGCAAUUCGCAACCGCCGCAGGACUUUACGCAAUUUGUGCAGCCGCCACCGCCGGCGGGCGACGGUGGUGGCGGCGGUGCUGGAGGCGGUGGUUCACCGCCGAAGAUCAGUGGUUCGAUGGAGGCGUACAGGUUCGACUCGAGCGCGCUGGAACGAGCCGCCACAGCUGCCAAGGAUCUCGAACGAUCUAAACAUGCAAAAGAUGCCUUGGAGCUGUCUAAGAUGCAGGAAACCACAAGGCAAGUGGAAUUACAGACCGAAUUAAAAAAAUAUGAAGCCAGUAUUGAACAAUUUAAGACAGAACAAAAACGGGUGGAAGGUGAUGAAAGAAGAAAAACUAUGCAAGAAGAGACGAAGCAGCAUCAAAUGAGAGCACAAUAUCAAGAUCAAUUAGCUAGAAAGCGCUAUGAUGAUCAAUUGAUGCAGCAGCAAAAGAUGAAUGAUGAAAACCUGAGAAGACAAGAGGAAUCAGUAGCCAAACAAGAAGCCAUGAGAAAAGCCACAAUAGAGCAUGAAAUGGAACUGAGGCAUAAGAAUGAGAUGAGGAAACUGGAAGCGGAAUUGAAGGCUAAAGCAAAGAUUGACAGAGAAAACCAAGAUCUCAAUCUGGAACAGAUUAGAUUAAAAGCCUCGGAAAAGAGGGUUACCGUUUUAGAGUCAAUAAAAACAGCUGGCUCAGUAUUAGGCUCGGGUGCCAAAGCCUUGUUGGAGGACUGGGAUAAGAUCCUCGCGGCCGCGGGUGGUCUGUCGCUUAUAGCCUUCGGAAUAUACACUGCCAAGGGCUCGACCAGCGUGGCGGCGCGUUACGUCGAGUCCCGCUUAGGAAAACCGUCGUUGGUGCGCGAGACCUCGAGAUUUUCGUUUCUCGACACCAUUCAGCAUCCUAUUCAAGCGGUCAAGAAUCUAAAGACUAAACAAACUGACGCGCUGGCCGGCGUGAUCUUGGCGCCAAAGCUCGAGGAGAGAUUGCGUGACAUCGCGAUAGCCACGAAGAAUACGAAAUACAAUCGUGGUAUGUAUAGGAACAUACUGAUGCAUGGUCCACCAGGUACUGGCAAAACUAUGUUCGCGAAAAAGCUCGCGGAACAUUCGGGUAUGGACUACGCGAUUGUGACGGGCGGCGAUUUAGCACCGCUGGGCAGAGACGGCGUCACUUCUAUUCACAAGGUGUUUGAUUGGGCGUUGACGUCCCGCAAGGGACUGCUGCUGUUUAUCGAUGAAGCGGAUGCGUUUCUGAGAAAACGCUCAAGCGAACAUAUCUCGGAAGAUCUCCGGGCAAUGUUGAACGCAUUCCUGUAUAGAACCGGCGAGCAGAGCAACAAGUUCAUGUUGGUGCUCGCGUCGAACACGCCAGAGCAGUUCGACUGGGCAGUGAACGAUCGGUUGGAUGAAAUGGUGGAGUUUCGUCUUCCGGGCCGCGAGGAACGCGAACGUCUGGUCCGUCUCUACUUCGACAAAUUUGUUCUCCAACCGGCGAUCGAGGGUAACAAAAGAUUGAAAAUCGCGCAAUUUGACUAUAGCUCAUUGUGCACCAAGAUGGCCGAUCUGACAGAGGGAAUGUCUGGUCGAGAGUUAGCGAAACUCGGAGUCACUUGGCAAGCAGCGGCCUAUGCCUCAGAGGACGGUGUGUUGACGGAAAAAAUGGUCAUGGACAGGUGUCUCGAGGCCAUCAAGCAGCACAAACAGAAGGUACAAUGGCAGAGUGAACAGGAAAAGCAGGAGUCGAAGUCGAUAUACGCAACGGAAGACGACCGUUCAAGAACUCCGGCAACAGAGCCGUGUCCCGGAAGCACGAUAGCUCCAGCCUAGAUAAUUGAAAACAUUGGAAUUGUUAAUAAUCUUUGAUAGUCAGGCUAAUGGCGAAGCUAGUGCUAAGGGUGGAGAAGAGUACAAAUGCCGCUCGGAAAUUGAACAGCGGAUCUUUGUAUUUGAUAUAAUACGCGAACGGGUUCGCGGAGCUCGACGAGUCACAAAUGUCACUUGUUACAAAUGUACAUUUAUCUAGGGUAAUUAAAUUGUAAUUCUACCAUGACGUUUCA